AUGAAGCCAAUUUGUGCUCUAGCGUGUUGGAUGAGAAAUCUAUCGUCUAAUAUUCUGGUGUCAACAACUGCUCCUCUGGUUGUUCGAGUAUGGGCAACUGCGAAGAAGCUAAGAAUUGAAUAUAUGAUCUCAUACAUGUUGCGUUUUAUGUUGUUGAUGCAAUUUUAUGCUGGUACAUUGGAUAUAGCUGGCAGUGUGGUUCUUUCUGCAAAACCAGCUGGAGACAAUGAAGGAAUCAUUGGCCAUGGUCCAAAACACAUACACCAGCAUCAACGAAGCAAGGCAGAAUAUGAUAAAAGAAGCUGCAGUGGAAAUUCCAUACAGGCACGUGGUCAUCACCGAAUCCUUCAUCAACAACCUCGACCAAGACACCGUGCUCAUGCUCGACAUGUUCCAAGCGAUGCAGGAGAACAUGAGUGCAGCAACAGACAUCUGCAAGAAAAUCAUUCACGACCACCAAGCCCCAUGACGAAGCAUACCACACCAACUCUUUUGUAAUCAAAUGUCCAGUAGUCAUCCCUUAAUGAAUGGACACUUUUGUAAUCAA